UUGAACUGCCAAAAAGGUUUGUUUGGAUUUGGAAAAAACACGCGGUGUUUAUUCUCUGUAAAUAGAAGUGAAAAUCGAACAAUUGUGAACGCAACGAGCAGUAUAGUUUUGUAACAGAUUUCUCCCACAACGCUUUGGGAGUUGUUUGGGAAGCUAGGUGGAUAUACGGCAUUGAGACGGGUACAACCGAAGCGAACGCAUCAGAAUGAUGCACUACAAAAAGGGAAAGAACGUCGAGGAGGACCUCUCCAAGGAGCUCAUCCCGAUCGAGGUGCUGCCGGAAAAGUUCCUCUGGAUGCAGGUGAAAGGAAGCACGGCCGUACCGAAUGUGGUCGAGUACGCCAAGAAAGCGCUCGAGGAUGGUUCGUACCGGUCGGUGGUGUGGUCCGGAUCGGACGGUGGCGUCGGCAAGACGGUUAGUUGUGCGGAAAUCCUAAAGCGACACUUCGAACUGCAUCAGGUGACACGCAUUUGCUACAGACAAGUCGAAGAGUUCUGGGACCCACAGCAGGACGGUUUGGAGCGGAUUGUAGCAAAACGGAACAUUCCCUGCGUACACAUACUGCUAUCGAUGGAUGAAAUCGACACCAAAGUGGCCGGCUAUCAGCACUCGAAGGUGCAAGCUGGCUUCUGGUUGGGUGCCGGCAUACCCACAACUCCCGAAGGGGCACGAAAACGAAACUACUUCAGCGGACCACAGUUGAAGAAACGACCCAACCGGAACUUUGGCAAUGGUACCGCAGACGGUGCGGGAAACAAUAGCAAAGGUGGUGGAAAACCACGGAGUGGUGGUGGUGGAAAACCACGGAGUAGCAGUGGUGGAGGUGGCGGUACGGCUGGUGGUUCGCAGGGAAAAGGUAAGCAGCAGCAGGGUUCGAAAUCGAAGACACUUAAAAAGGGAUUUUGCUAACGGUAAACGGGGUAAGCAGGGUAAACAGACGAAGGGAAAAUAACCAAAGUACGAACGACUCCACAACGGCAAAGGACAGCAGUAUGCCGUUGGAAACCAGCGAUGGAGCAAGUGCUGAGCGACUUGCACGACUGUGUGCAAAUCUUUUCCUAUGAACACGUGACUUGUACAAACCUCAUA